CCGUACGCGCCGCCAUCUUUAGUCAGUAAGAAACGUACAUCGAAACAAACGCGUCGCCAUCGAAGUUUAACGGUUAUCGGUUUUUGUGCAAGUGGCUCUGGUGCGAUAUAAGAAACCGUUGCGAGUUUAGUUUAACAUAUUCAAAUGUUUUCUCCAUCGUAUGAUAACUCACUUAUCAAAGCGAUCAGAUACAUCUGAGGACUGAUCUACCUGGUGUGCAUUGUUGUUUGAAGGAAAGCGUGCAGGAAGAAACAUACCAGAGUUUUUUUCCACUUACCGUGUUUUAUUUUCGGGGAAGUGUUCCAAGUGUGAAGUGAUUGUAUUGUAUUUGCUAGCUAAGGGUGAAAAGAAGUCAAGAGCGUGUGUGUGUGUGUUUUUCCUAACGAAAGGAAAUGCAAUACCAUGGUGGCAAAGGCAAAUAAUGCCGGUUCUUAAGUGGGCAUUAAUUGCAUACUUGUAAUAUUACCUCCCCUUCCGAGCAAGAUUAAACGCUGGGUUCGAUUUCACGUUCACGCUAAUUCUGAUCGGAAAUCGAUAAUUUCCCGAACCCAGUAUCCUUACCUUGUGUGUUUGGUGCGAUUGUGAGCGCGCGCGUGUGUGGGUGUAUUUUUGUGUUAUAAAAAUGUUGCUAUAGUGCUGUAGUGGGUGUAUGAAGUCGAGAUUCAUAUAAAAAAGGUAUCCUGAAAACCCAGCAUUCAACAAAGUAAAGGCAAAUUACGCACGAUAAUUACAAUCAAAUGUGGUACGAAUCUUACCGUAAGAACGCACCUCAGAAGAUCACCGAUCAAUGUAGCAGUUUUCGCCCCCAAAACCCACCCCCAACAGCGCGUUCAACCUUGGGCCGUGUGUGACACCGUCAGGACUGUGAUUGCCGCAUGCAUAGAAUGUAUACACAGCCAUCGUCUCUGUUGGUGUGGUCAUCGUUAGUGUCAUCGUCGUCGUUAUCGUCAUCACCGUCGAAAGGAGCAAACCAGCUGAGCGGAGCAGCACAGCAGCAUUUACACCAGAAUCAAAACUAUCAAGCCUCUACGGAGCCAUCAGGAGCAACACCAACGGCCGGUGCAUCAUCGUCAUCUGUCACACUGCUCUCGGUCACAUUCGCAACCGGUACGACAACAUCAGCAACAACGGUAUCCUUUUCAUCUGGUAAUACGACGCUGGUGCAAGGUGAACAGUCAAUUGAAACGACCAACGCAUUAACAUCUGCAGACAGUACGAGGGUUGCAAACAGCAUGUCAACAACUGUUGCAAGUAGCAACAACAACAACAACAACAACAACAACAACAACAGCAACAAUCACACUAGCAGCAACAUUAUACCGACCGAGAGUGAUAGUAGUGAUCCCGGAAACGGUCCGGAACGGGUGGAAGCGAAGGAACCAGUACAGGACGACAUGCCACAAGCUGCGACGGAGCAGGCGGCGGUUGCGGAGGCAAAAGCCGACAUAGCAACCGGUAGCACUCAGUCAGCAACAUCAGCAGCAGCAACAGCACCACCACCAACGUAUGGUGCCUACACUAACAAUACUUUACCGCGGGGGCCUUAUCUUCAGUAUAAGUAUAACAACAUUAGUAGUGUUCCGUGCAACCAGGACAAUAACGAACAUCAACAACCGCAAACGCAGCAGCUUAUACUACACCAGCAUCAUCAUCCACUGGCUCAGCAGCAUCAUCCACAUGCAUCCGCACAACAGCAAACGCAACCGUAUCGGCAACAGCAUCAUCAUCACACUUACAGCAACCAUCAACAACAAUCGCAACAACAGCAGCAACAGCAACAUCAUCAGCAACUGUCGCAACAGCAUCGGCAACCGUUGCGUAGCAGUGACGUGCUGGAAAUGAUUUCACGUUUUAAACGCACCCAGCCGGCCAGUGAAGUGGAGCAGCAGCAGGGAGAUGCAGCAGACGAUACAAUGGCACGCACAAAGGAUUAUCAACGUGUGAUGCACCGCCAACAACAGUACACUGCACGACAGCACGACUAUCAACGGGCGGCUGAUGCGUUGUCGUUGGUAAAUCAGGACGAGCAAGGAUGGGAACGGCGGGACACGCUUGCGUACAGUGGGAUGAACGAACCGAACCAACGCCAUCCGGUUGCUGAGGGGGGUUUUCAUCAACAGCAAUGGCGUCAGUCGCAGCACCAUGAGCGGGAUGGUAACAACGGCGGUGCUUACGCAAGCAAGGAAAGAACCAUCCAGCAGCGCCAUGCCAGCAACGUAUCGCAGCAACAGCUGCACUACAAGGAUAGUGCAACCGUUGCGCAACAGCAGCACCAUCACCACCACCAUCAACACCACUAUCAACAUCCAUCAACAACGGCAACGGUCGGCCAUCAACCGUCGUCGGACGGUGGUGGGAGCGAAUACUUUCGCCCAGCAACACCGGCCAUCGGUAGUGCGGUUUCGCUCACGAACGUAAUCAGCUUGAAGCGGCCGAGCCAGGCGGAGGGAUGGGCACUGCUCUGCCAAUCGGUGCAAGCGCUGCAGGACCUUUUUCUUGGAGAAACACCAUCAAUCAGCAAAGUUCGACCGUUGAUAACACCCGCCAGUCUGCAGGUCAGCUCACGAGGCCGCGUCGUCUUUAGUAUCGUGCCAGCGACAGGUGGGCAGCAGCACCAAACGCACGAAACGUCAGCGGGACAAGAGGCACCGGACGCUACCGAGGAACCUUUCCUAUCGCCCGAGUACAUCAAUUCACUCGGCAAAACCAUCCAGUUCAGUGAAUCCGAUGUCGAAAAGAUGUGGAUUUACUCGCUCGGUGUGACACUGCAGCGCACUGUGUCAUCGUUUGCCGUCAACCAUCAGCAGCAUCAGCACCGACAGCAACAGCAGCAGGAAUACGAUGGAGCCCUUCAUCUGCAGACCGAGGAUACGCUCACACCGCUCGAUCACGUCGUGUUGGCGAUGUGCGAAGCGAACCUAUACCAACGUGCCAGCUUGAUGUUUCUGCUCGAUAUCAUAUCGGACUACUGCAAGAACCAUCAUCUGUACAAGCCGUUUUCCCACAUGCUGAUCGACCUGUUCCGUGAGGUUGUCUCAUCAGCGGAACCAAAUCGCCCAUCGCCCAUCGGACAACCUCCGGAGCUGAAAAUCAAGCGUUCGAUCGAGUCGUUCGAAGAGCAGAAAAGCGACACCGAUUCGGGUCGUUCGUCUGACCAUGGUGAGUUGCUGGAGGUGCACCGGAAAAAGGAACCGCCAGGUGUCCGGAUGCAGCUAAACGCAGCUGGUCAACAGCAACAGCAGCAAAGCUAUGGCCCAGUCGUCUGCUCCAGUGAAGAUUACCGCGAGUACGGCCAAACCACGGCAGCAACACUGCUAAAGGUAAAACGGCCACCAACGGUUAACAAUCCGGCCGAGCAGAGGUUCUGCUCGUUGCCGAGACCACCCUACGACAGGCAUCAGCAGCAACCCGGUACGCUGGUUCCCGAACCGUAUCCCAACUACCACACCAUCUCCUACACCAAGAGUGUGCCGCGGCCGACUGACAGCACCGGACAGCAACCGGAACAGCAGCCCCAGGGCGUUACGGUACGGCGGCGACACAAUGCGGAACUGCUGGCGGCCCGAAGAAGAGCCGACUACCGCCGGAACACCAUCGACGUAACGAUGGUGGAGGUAAAGAUGGCGGAAGCGGCAGCAGAACGUCAACAGCAUGCAGUGCACCACCAGCAAUCAUCCUAUCUGACCGGCCCGGGCCGAUUGAUCCCGUCCAAGUCGAUCAAUCAUCUGGCGAGUCUUGCCAGUGGUGGAUGUGAUGCAUCCGCUCCACUCGACCAGAGCAGCUUCAAUGCCACCUCUAUGCCCAAUCUCGGUAUACCGCUGACGACGACGGUUUCGAUCGCCACGCAGACCGCUCAGUGCAAUAGUCGAAAGCAGCCGGAACUUACCCACACAAACGAUGGUAUCGAACCGGCAACAACCCACAAGGGACCGGAGUUCAUUGUAAAUUCCCACUCAGCACCAAAGUCUAUUGAUCUCACCGACGCAAAGACACAGCAUCGCAGAAUUGUAACGAUUCUACUGCUAAACGGUACCAAAGUGAACGUCACGUGCAAUCCAACGACCACACUCGCCCGCCACAUCUUUGAAGCGAUUCUACGGCUGGAAGGAUUGGGCGAAAACUUCUUCCUCGGACUGUGCGCCCUUAUCGGUGGCGAUUUCGUCUUUCUGCCGCUUGAUCUUAAGAUCUAUAAGGUGGCGCCACAAAUAUGGAUCAACACGUCCAAAAAGUCCACACCAAUGGUGGAAAACGUUGUGUUUAUGUUGUACGUGCGAAUUAAAUUUUUCCUGCCCACGUUACGUGGUGUAAGCUGUGUCGAGUCGCGGCAUCUACUGUAUCUACAGCUGCGUAAAAGCAUCCUCGAGCGGCAAAUACUGUGCGCCGAGGAUGAUCUGAUCGCGCUCGGUGGGUUAGCGUUACAGUCCGAGAUUGGCAGCUUCAAAGAGCACAUGAAGUACUCGGAAUAUUUCACCAUCUCGCACUACCUUCCGGAGGAGGUGUACCGAAAGAAACGCGAACUGGCACGCUAUCUGCGCAAUGCUCACUUUCACAAGCGUGGUCUACACCAGCGCGAAGCGGAACACAACUUCAUCCGGUACGUGCAGGAGCUGAAGGAGUACGGGCUUCAUCUGUACAGUGCGUCCUGGGCAACCGGCGAAGGUAUGACGCUCGACGUGUACGUCGCCAUUUCGCUCGCGGGUGUUGCCAUCUUCGAGCGUAACGUGCGUUAUCAGCCACGUGCCAGCCAGGAGCAGCAGGAGUGCCGUAACGGCAAGAACAGCUUCAUGCGCCAUCUGUACGCAUUUUUCGAUUGGCUCGAGAUCGAAAACAUUUGCUUCUCGAAGCAUGCAUUCUGUGUCGUGGUCCGGCGCAGCGAAACGCUCGGUUCGAAGAGUGACAAAAAUCUGGUGAAGUACAAGCUGCGUAUGGAUGGUAGAAAGAGCUAUUUUGCCUUCAACCUAGCGUCAGAACAUCACAAAUUUUACAUGAAGUUACGCAACUCGUUCAUCUCGAUAAAAACGCUUGCCAGCGAGCUGAACAUCCCGAUCGAGCAGCAGUCAAACGGUGGCAUCGCCACAGCAACGGAUGAGGAUGGUCGCAAGAAGCGAACCGUAAGCGAACUGAUAGACGCUAACCGUCCAUCACCGGAUCCGGCCGGGUUCGAUGCGAAAAAUAUCGAAAAGAUUGACAAACCAUUCAAGACGACCGGAUUGCGGGUACGCAAUCUGAAAAAAUCGAUGCUCAACGAUAACCGGUUGGCCCGACUACGUCAGCGCUUUCUGCUCAAGCGCUCGAAAUCAACCGUCGAGCAGGGUAGUGCCGGUACGUCCGCACUGAAUCUCACGGUGGAGAUUACCAACCAGCAGAACCAGAACAAGGAGAAUGAAAACCCAUUUCUCGGCGAUGAACUAGAGACAGUGGAUGGUGGUGGCAUUCACACAACUGUUUCUUCUCCCGGUGCUAGCGACCUGACACAAUCGGGCACCACACUUCGGUCGCACCAAUCGGGCAGUAGUUCAUCGUACGGAUACGAACAGCAACAACAGCAGCUACUAUCACCGGAGGAUUCACCGAAAACCACACACAGUAUGAACCGCAACAAGGUAAAGAUGGGCACGAAGGUGUUUUCGGCCCAGUUUUUGAACAAAUCGUUCGAUAAUCUUGCUGCUGCCGCGGGUGGUACUGGUGCAAUGCACGGCUUAACCGGUGCGGUCUCCUUCCAAAACGUGGCAAACAUUAGCCGCAGCAGUAGCGGCUUUCUGCUGCACGAGGACGAAGGCGAAACGGUUGAGGGAACGCACAGCAACGCACAUCAACCGCCACCAUCACAUCAGCUGAUCGAAAGCAGUGUUGAUGAGGUGCUAUCGGUCAAGAGCAGUAUGGGUUCGGUUUACUUUAUGGAAAAGAUCGACGAACAAUCCGUUGGCGGAAGUGCCGAAACGUUACUCUCCCCGAAAGCGUGUGUCAUACAAUCAAGCAUCCGCAGUGAAAGCUGCCAGUUCGAGCUUCCGAUGACGGACGAAACAAUUUCCGAUACGCUGCUGGAGAAGUUUAACAACAUUAGCCAGUGUGGCGGUGCGUCAAACGAUCGCAUCCUGGCAACGGUGCUCAUCGUGAAGGAUGCCGUCAUCGGUAUGGAGCACGAGAUGGGUCCCAGCCAGCGGCAGUUUUUAUCGCGCAGCCAGGAAUCGAUUGCCCUGCCAGGCAAGUGGUCACUAACAGCGUCCAGCAUCGCCAACACCACCCACGGUGAUGAAUUUGACGAACGUUUCCCGUACGCCACGAUGGGUGUGCGGAAAAGAAACCGUGAGCAGCACGGCAACACCGCCACGAGAUACACGCUCGGCAUUAGCAUCGUGCAAGGGAACGACAAUAAUGUGUACGUGAAGGAUCUUGCACCCAACGGACCAGGAGCACGCAAUGGUGUACGAGUGGGCGAUCAGAUCAUUGCAGUGAACGGGAAAUCAUUGCUUAACCUACCGUACACCGAGUCGCUGAGCAUACUGCAGCAAACAGGCCGAACGGUUGAGCUUGUACUGUCACAAAUCUUUCAACGGUCACAACCAUCACCACCGGUAGAGGAACAGCAGCAACAACAACUUCAACAGCCGCGUCCACCGACCGUAACCAAGUCGAACAGUCUGUACAUUAAGAAUGGUAGUCGAUCAGCUACUAACACGCCCCUGCUGGAUUCGCACCAGCAAACCUUACCACCGCCUCCGAGCUACACGAAACAUUACGAGGAUGGUGACCGACUGGCCAAAUUUUACUCCCAACAUCCCCAACAGCACACACAUCAACGUAAACAGCAUGUGGAAGGAAUCGGUGAUGGAGCCACUGUCCAACGGACCGGGGGUGACAGUGUGAGCCAGCGGUACACGAAAAACGUCGCCGAUAUUCUCCGUACGCGUAAUCGAAUUGCGCUUGCCGAACGGAGUCAGCAAACUUCCCAACAGCAACAACAACCACCUCCCGCAUACGCUGGCCUCAGUGCCUCGAAAAGCAUGCCCGACUUACCGAAGAUUCUUCAGGCGUACAGCAAACAACCGCCAACGUUCGGUGGUAUACUGCUGCCGGCAGGUGUGGUUGGUCCGGUGCGGAACAGCACACGACUAGGAUCAUCGGUGAAGCUCCCGGGACACCAGUGUACAACAAUGUCCCGCAAGUAUACCGGCCCGACAAAGUAUCCCGUGACACCGGCGAAGGACACGUUCAAAACUACCGUCGGUCCCAUCCGGACGCAGCUGUCCCUCUCUAACGCUUCCGAGGACGAGCAGGUGUUCAUCUAAUCUUAAUCCAAGUGCACAAAUCCAGAUGAAACAUAAAGCAGACAGAUAGAAGAUUAGAUAAAUCGAGAGAGAGAGAGAGAGAGAGAGAGAGAGAGAGAAAGAGAUUGAGAAAGAGAGAGAGAGAGAAAGAAUGAGGAAAAGACGUAGUAUGUCUUUCCCUUUCCUAUUAUAUGAAUGUCCUUAAUUAUGUUUAUCGUUGUAUUAUUGUGUCGAUUAUUGUUUCUUCUUUCUCCCUCAUUUCUCUCUAUAUCUCUCUCUCAAUCUUGUCCGUGUGCCGUGUGUUGUGUGUGUAUGUGUGUUUGCUUGUAUGCUUUCGUUUAAUAGAUAGAUACAGAAAAUAAGGAUAACGACACGCGCGAAAGGAACAACAACCCGCAAAUAAACCAAUAUACCAAAAUCCCCAAAACUUCUUGAAGCUCAGGGUCGCUUGCCACAUUAAAGAAAGGCGUCCAAACAUAUAUAUACACGUAUAUGGCACAACAGCCAGCAAGUAGCUUUAGUAACCUUUCCUUUUUGCAGAAGACAGUGUUAAUGUCCCACCCGGUUACUAGAAAGAAAGGCCUAGUAAAUAAAAAAAAUCAAACGAAGGCAAGCCAGAUAGAGCAUAACAAAAAAAGCAAAAGAGUAUAGCGCAGUUUGAAGGCAGUUACUGUUCUGUUUUGUUACUGUAACGUUUUUGAGGUUGCGUAGCAGUAGUACGCGUCGUGUCGCAUUGUGUAAGCAGCAUUAGCCCGUUCUCUAGCUCGUUUCGCGUUUCCAUUUGGACUUUUUUUUUGUUUUUUGUUAUUGACGAUAAGGCUUCUCCGUGUGCGUUUUUAUGUUGUUAUUGCUGUUGUUGUAGACGCCUACACACAAUCAGGGUUGAUCAGGGGCAUUAUUGUCUAUAAAGCCGAUAAAUAGAAUAGUCAGACAUUGGAACAACAGCAACAAUGAGCUAAUACGUCAGCCAAAUUUAUGUUGGCUAAUAUUCACAAUUUAAUAUGAGCUGCACGCUGCUGAAGCCUGCAAUUACGGCUUGCCAACUAUACUUACAGCGACACUCACAACAUGUUUGCUAUAGUUUGGUGCGCAAACAAGCAAAGUGAAAACCUCCGGAGAUACCUAUCAUCUGUACGAUUGAGAUGUAGGCGCAAAAAACACGUCUUUAGUUCUUCCAGCGACCAACACCAUUUACCCUGCUCCGUUCGUUCGUUCAUGCGUAGCUUUAAGACCAGAUGCUUCCUAUUGAAUUUAAUGUAGCCACCAGUUAAGUUAAAUCUGUGGAUCUUCCAGAACUUGAAAAGGAACAAAACAAAUCUAGAUAGAAAAGAGAAAUAAUA